CUUGCGUGUUGAGAUGAUUAAAAAUGUGAAGAGUGUAAAGUAAAAUGAAAAAGUAAAAAGUAGUGUCAAUAAAUAGGGAAUAUCACACAAUCCAAAUCCCAUAUCACUCUCACUCAUAGCUCUCUUCCAACCUAACUACCUAAGAGUAACACUGAGGAGAUGGCAACAAUGACUGAAAAAGUGGGAGCGAUGGGUGGUAACAUGGGAGGAGCAUUCGACGAUGGUGUUUUUGACGGUGUGAAGAAAAUAACUGUCGGAAAAGACCUUGGCUGUGUAUCAUAUAUCAAGAUCGAAUACGAAAAGGACGGGAAAUCUGAAACCCGUGAGCACGGGACGAUUCGUGGGGAGCUAAAAGAGUUUGCGGUGGAAUACCCGAAUGAAUAUAUCACAUCCGUUGGUGGAACCUACGAUCAUGUUAGAUACUAUGAAUCAGUGCUGGUCAAGUCGCUAAUAUUCAAAACCUCCUAUGGAAGAACCUCUUCGACACUCGGAGGCGAUUCAGCUGGGAAACAAUUCAUGCUGGAGGGUAAAACUGGAGGAAGGCUUCUUGGAUUCCAUGGACGCUCUGGUCAAGCUCUUGAUUCCAUUGGAGCUUACUUCUUCGCUCCAAAUCCUCCUCUUAAGCUCUUUAACCGUGAAGGUGGGAAUGGAGGGAGUGCUUGGGACGAUGGUGCUUACGAUGGUGUAAGAAAAAUACUCGUUGGACGAGGUGGUAAGUUUGUGAGUUAUGUUAGGUUUGAGUAUGCAAAAGGCGAAACAAUGGUACCACAUGCUCAUGGGAAGAGACAGGAGGUUCCACAAGAGUUUGUGGUGGAUUAUCCUAAUGAACAUAUUACGGCAGUGGAGGGAACCAUCGAUGGCAUUCUUACAUCGCUUAGGUUUAAGACAUCAAAAGGAAGAACCUCUCCUGCUUUUGGAAAUGCUGUUGGUAGGAAAUUUGUGUUCGAGGAAAAAGAUUUCAAGCUUGUCGGGUUUUGUGGUCGCUCCGGUGAUGCUAUUGAUGCUCUUGGUGCACAUUUUGGCCCUCUUCUAGCUCCAAAUCCAGCUCCGGCUCCAACUCCAACUCCGGCACCAACUCCAACUCCAACUCCAACUCCAACUCCAGCUCCAACUCCCGCUACCACAAAGGUGGGACCGCUCGGUGGUAUCAAAGGUAACACGUUCGACGAUGGUGUGUUCGAUGGUGUGAAGAAAAUAACCGUUGGAGCAGAUGAAUUCAGUAUAACUUAUAUCAAGAUCGAAUACGAAAAAGAUGGUAAACUCGAAAUCCGUGAACACGGGACGAAUCGCGGGGAGCUAAAAGAGUUUUCGGUGGAUUAUCCGAAUGACUAUAUCACAGCCGUUGGUGGAAGCUACGAUCAUAUUUUUAGCUACGAUACAACGCUUAUCACAUCUCUAUACUUCACAACCUCCAGAGGAUUUACCUCUCCAUUAUCCGGUGAGACUAGUGGAGAAGAAUUCAAUCUCAAAGGUGAAAAUGGAGGAAAGCUUCUUGGAUUCCAUGGACGUGGUGGUUUUGCUAUUGAUGCCAUCGGUGCACAUUUUGCUUCAGCGUCAAACUCUUCUUCAUCUCCCUCCUCAACUCCUCACAACAAGGUGUCCAAGAUCAGCAUUUCAUCUGGCAAUGGAGGAAUUGAGCAAAUCAAGUUCUAUGAUGUCGAAAAGGGAGCGACAAAGGAUGGAUUUCUCCAUGGUGUGAAGGGGACAAAUAUCAUUUCAACGUUUGUGAUAAGCAAUCCUCCCGAUGAGUAUCUCGUUUCUGUCGAGAGUUGGUAUGAUUCUUCCAAUGUUUUUCAAGGAAUCAAGUUUAAAACCGACAAGAACGGUUCUGACUUCUUUGGCUAUAAAGUUUCUGAGGAUGAUGGUACACCGUUUUCUCUUCCAGUCAAGGAUAAGAAGAUCAUCGGCGUUCAUAAGUCCGCUGACUCGAAUCUCAAGUCUCCUGGAACUUACUUUGUACUAACCCAUUCCUCUUCUCACAAAGUGGAAGCUGUAGGAGGAAAGGGUGGAGAAACAUUCGACGAUGGUGCUUUUGAUCAUGUAAGAAAAGUUUUUGUUGGUCAAGGCGACUCCGGUGUAGCUUAUAUCAAGUUCGAAUACGAAAAUAACGGCAAAAGAGUGACACACGAGCACGGAAAGAAGACAUCUCGAGGAACAGAGGAAUUCGUGGUUGAUCAAGGCGAUGACAUCACAUCUGUGCAAAUUUACUACGAUAAACUUUCCGACUCCAAGACAGAAAUUAUAACGUCUCUUGCAUUCAAGACACUCAAGGGCAUAACCUCUCAGCCGUUUGGAAAGACCUCAGCGAAUUUGUCCUUGCUUGAAGGUGGCAAAAUCACCGGUUUUCAUGGAAGUUCGAGCGACUUUCUUCAUUCUAUCGGAGCUUAUAUUUCUCCUUUGGCCUCUCCGAAGAUGUUGCGUGGCAAGUGGAUCCAGGUGGAGCAAAAAGGCAAGACUCCUGGUCCAAGAUGCUCACAUGCUAUAGCAAUGGUUGGAAACAAAAUGUACUCUUUCGGAGGAGAGUUAACGCCAAAUUUCCACAUCGAUCGACACCUCUACUUCUUCGAUUUCAAGACUAACAGAUGGUCGAUUGCUCGUCCAAAGGGUGACGUUCCUGAGCUCCCUUGCUUAGGCGUUUGCAUGGUAUCCAUCGGCACUACACUCUAUGUCUUUGGUGGCCGCGACGGCCACCGUAAUUACAGCGGCUUCUACUCUUACGACACCGUCAAAAGCGAGUGGAAACUCAUAACUCACGUAAACAAAGGACCUGCGCCGCGUAGCUUCCACGCUAUGGCUGCUGAUGACAAAAACGUUUAUGUCUUUGGUGGAGUGAGUACUACGACACGUGUCAACACACUUCAUGCUUACAACAUCGUUGAUCAAAAGUGGAUCGACCUUCCGAAUCCAGGAGAGUCUUGCAAAGGGAGAGGUGGAUCAGGGCUCGCGGUUGUGCAAGGGAAGAUUUGGGUUGUGUAUGGGUUUACCGGGGAUUCAGUGGAUGAUGUUCAUUGCUUUGAUCCAGUUCAAAGUAAGUGGACUAAAGUGGAAACAAGCGGUGAAAAGCCUUGGGCGAGAAGCGUCUUUGCGCAAGCGGUCGUGGGGAAAUAUAUAAUUAUAUCUGGAGGUGAGAUUCAGAUGGACCCAAAGGCUCAUUUGGGUCCCGGGACAUUGACCGGUGGGACUUUCGCGUUGGACACGGAGAGUUUGUUGUGGGAGAAGCUUGAGGAAGGCCAUAGCCCGCGUGGAUGGUGCGCAUCCACGACUGCGUCCAUUGAUGGAAAAAAAGGAUUGUUGAUGUAUGGAGGAAAGUCUCCCACCAACGGUCGUUAUGAAGACAUAUUUUUCUAUGGCGUAGAUUCUGCUUAAGACAUCUCGGUGUUGGUGAUUAUGUGAGUUUUAAAAGUUGUUGUUUGUUGCAUCACCUGGUUUGUGAGACUUAAGCGUUAAGAGCUAGGACUCUUGCUUGUGUGUUUUCUGUGUGUGUUAAAAAUGUCUAUGUUUUCUGUGUGUUUUAAAAAUGUCUAUGUUUUCUGUGUGUUUUGUUUGUAUGAAAUAUAUCGAAUCAAUAAAUGUAGAACUGGAUUUUCAAAUAAUAUAUGUGUGUGUAAAUCAAGCAUUUGGUUCCUCUAUUACUGGUAUAGAGAAAAAAU